UACCACCAGUGAGGAGUGUCUGCCAGUGUGUGUCCGUUGUGUACCAUGAAGGAGAGGAGUGACUCCGCUGUGUUUGCCUGACCGCAGAAAUGACCAAACACACUCCGCCACAUCUCGGGAACACCAGAUAACGACACAGGACGACGGUUAACCGACAGUUUCGACGUCACCGUCUCUAUACACUAUAGUUAUCUGACUCCAUUAUUAUGUUGUCGGUGGGAAAGGCUCGGUCGUAGCCUCACUGUCCCUCCAACCUGUGUUUUACUGCGUCAGUGACCGUGAUGCGUUUCAACGAGAAGGAGCUGGUGUCUCUGAGCCGCCAGCCGUCAGAGAUGGCAGCCGAGCUGGGGAUGCGAGGACCCAAGAAAGGAGACGUUGUAAAGAAGAGGCUGGUGAAACUCAUCGUCAACUUCCUCUUUUAUUUCCGGACUGAUGAGGACGAGCCAAUUGGAGCUCUGCUGUUGGAGCAGUGUCGGGUGGAGAGGGAGGACAGCCAGACCUUCUCUAUUGCGUUUCUGGAUGAAGCAGAGAGGAAGUAUCUGUUUGAGUGUGACUCAGAGGAGCAGUGUGGGGAGUGGGUAGACUCCAUCAUCAAGGCCAGUUACGAGUUCAUGAGGAAGAACCUGAUAUUCUAUCGAACUGAGAUCCACAGGCUUACUGGCAAGGACCCCUUGGAGCAGUACGGUAUAUCAGAUGAAACUCGCUUCCAGGUCAACAAUGGUCUGCAACUUAAGCCUAGAGAUACCUCCUCCCUGUAGACCGGCGCCCUGUGUCCACAUGUACUUUAUUUUUCAUUUUAGUUCACCCUGCCAUUCCAUCACUCACUCCUCACUGGUUUAAAAGCCGUGGCAUUAUCAUAAGCACACAUGCUCUGAGUAUCUGAGGCCGUGCAGAGUAACUGAUCAUGCUGAUUAUUUCUUUUACGUCGAUCAUUACAGGUUACACGAGGCUGUGGAAAAAGUCGACACUGUCUUAUUUUUGGUUUAUGGGAUUUUACAAGCCAUUUUCUGUAUCAUGUAUCAUUUUCAGAUUUGCCUUGGUUAAUUGGUUGUCUGUAUAAAACAUGUUUUAUACUUUGUUUUCUACUGGACAUACUGUACUUUUAGACAAUGUGAUUUUGAGGGAGCCUAAUUGUAUUCGUGCUGUAGAGCUGCGGCUGUGACUUUCUUUCAGGACUAUUCAUAAUACGAGCACAACUGGGCUUAACAAGAAUAAAAUACAUAUUCAUAAUGUUAAUCAAAUAAAUAUAUGCUGUGUAAAGAAGCUUUUAUGAUUAUUAGAUACAGUGCCCAGUUUAGAAUAUUUUUGGCAGUAUUUACUGUCCAGAUUUGAACUGCAUGGGCGCUUUGAUCUGCUGAGUUGAGCCACCCAUUGAGAAAGACUUUUUAUUUAGCUUCCCUAUAUGUAUUUAUCAUAUAGUGCAUUUAGACUCUUUAGUUUUAAAAACUAUACUUUUGCACAUAUUACUUUACUGGGUGUUGAGGGCUUUUUAAAAUUAGAAUUUCAAUAACUUACUUGAACCUACUGUACCUUUUCUGUGGCACUUUGAAUCAGAUUCCUUUAGAUAAGCUGUGGGACAAGACUCCUGACAGGAUUUUUGAAUACAACUUGUUUUGUCAGUGUAACUGAAAUUUCAGUCUCUUGUGAAAUUGUCAGAAUGUUGAUUUCAGCAGUCAGGAGUCUGUACCACAACCAUGUUAUGUCAUUGAAUGUGUCUUUAUUUCAAACCUUUUGCACAUGAAAUGUGUUUAGUCUGUUUUUACUUCAUGUCAGAUUAUAUUUGUUUCACUUGCAUCUCUUUUUUUACUAAUAAAGCCAUUUGAAAGAUACUGUAAA